CCGCAUUCCCGAUUCCCGUGGCAACGUACCGGAGAGAGCACGCGCGCGCAUCGCAGUGCUGAAGACAUCUUUUAGUGUUAGUAUACAGGCGAUUUCUGUCUAUAUUUUUCGCAAAAAAUCAGACAGGAUGCUAAAACUUGUGGCAAAACAGCUGAGGAGCCACCCGGCUUUGAUCCCUCUGUUUGUAUUCAUCGGUGGUGGAGCAACCAUGUCAAUGCUCUAUCUCUGCCGCCUGGCCCUUAAGAACCCGGAAUGCUCGUGGGAUCGCACCAAUAACCCUGAACCCUGGAACAAGCUCGGCCCUAACGACCAAUACAAGCUCUUCACGGUGAACAUGGACUACUCCAAGCUGAAGAAGGACAGGCCUGACUUCUAAACCUGUCCCGGAUUUAUAUAAAUGGCACAGUAUGAAAUCCAAGAGCUGAUGAGCAUUGCCAUUUCUGAGAAAGGAAAGGAAGCAUUCAUGAUGCUUCCAUACACUUUGUACACAUUCAUACAGAAACACUUGUUUUGUACUUUAUAGGAAUUAAUUUAAAAAAGUAUUUAUGAUUCUUAACCAGAAAUGGUUCAGUCAGGAAAUAUAUAAAAUAUGUAUGAUUUGUAGAAUUGUGGAAAAUCACAGAAAAGUUAUAUUAAAAUGAAAUUGUUUUCCCAAAAUGAUUUCUUUUCAGUUUGUAUUAGCCAGGCUUACAUACGUCUCUAUCUCUUAAAUAACACCAGAAAUAAUAAAAAAAAUUGAUUCA